AUGGAGGCAGCAAGGGAGAGGACGGCCAGCUUCUCUGAAAAGCAUGAAAUUUAUCUCAUUGGCGAACAGUUAAGGAGGGAGAUGCACGCCCACAUGUUGAUCCGAGACCGGAGAUAUCACCUUCGGAAUUACCGCCAGUGCUUCGCUGGAAACGAGACCGUAGAUUGGCUUGUUAGGUGUAAACACUGCUCCUCCAGGAAUGCUUCGGUAGCGGGCAUGCGCAUUCUACAAAAUUAUGGAAUCUUACAUCAUGUUUGCGAUGAUCACAAAUUUAAGGACGACCAGCUGUUCUACAGGUUUAGACGAGAUGACGAUACGUCGAUAGAUAGAGAUCUGAUUUUAUUUUACACAGGAGUCAGACUAUAUCUUAAAAUGAUGAAGAAGAGAGGAUUGGUUCAAGACUUCAUUCAAGGCGGACAGACAUACCACAAUGCUUUUAUGGGCUCUCGGUUUGUGGAGUGGUUGAUCGGCCAGAAAGAAGCUGCCACACGAGAAGACGCAAUAUAUUUAGGCCGACAAAUGCUGGAAAGUAACAUCAUACGACACGUGACUGACGACCAUCACUUCAGGAACGCCGAAUCUCUGCUUUACCAGUUUUCUAUAGACGUUGACCGUCGGCGUAUCCUAGCUGAUGUUUUCAAAUUACCAUCACCAGUGAGUCGAGUUUCCUCCGUCAGAUCAUCGUUUUCCUCAAUAGAAUCACAAGAAGAACACGCUCUGCCAAAACCCAUUGGUCAUAACGAGGACAUGGACGAGGGAUUCAAUGAUUCAUUAGACAGGAGUGGUUCCUGGUCUUCUGAAAAUGAACAAAGCAAUGAGCACGGGGAGGCAAACGGCCCAAAGUCAGUAAUGUUGCGCCAAGCCACUGCGGAGGAACUAGAAUCGCCCGAUACACCAUAUGUAAAACACAGAAUGAGGAUUAUCAGUGACUCUGUCGGAUACGGAUUUGUAUUACGAGGUGAUGGGCCGACAUACGUCCAGACAGUAGAUCCCACUGGACCAGCAGCUUCGGCAGGACUAAAGGUACGACAGUACGUUUACGCGGUAAAUUGUGUGAAUGUCCUAAGAAUGAAUCAUAAAGAUGUUGGUCGGACUAUCAUGUCAAAUGAAAACGUUAUCGAUAUCACAGUCUUAACACACAGACGGGACGUUGUGAAAGUGUGA